CGGAGGUUUACAAGCAAUUGAGGAUUGAGGAUAAACCUGUUCAUCUUCUCCCACUCACCACUAGCAUCACCUGAACUCAGACACCUCUCUCUCUCUCUCAAUCCUCUUCAAUGUCGAGAGGGACCGAGCGUCUGAUCAAGAGCGUGCAGCAGUUCGCGGGCGCUCAGUACAAGAGCUUCACCGCUCGCUAUGGCCAGCAGCUGAUGGACAUCGUCGAGCUCCCGAUCAAGGUCGUCCUCUCUCCCAUCACUCUCGCCUUCGACAUCGCCGGCUCCGCUCCUCGCGGCUUCGGCGUCCCCGAGUUCAUCAGCAAGCUAUCCUACGCCUCCAUUUUCGUUGUUGCCACUCUUGGGACGUAUGAUAUUGCGUUGGAGCUUGGAAAGAAGGUGAUAUGUCAGAGGAAUUGCAAAACCUGCAAUGGAUGGCAGGCACUGAGGUGUACCAUGUGCAAAGGAUCAGGAAAAGUGCACUAUCAAGUGAAUAACUACAGCUUGAAGAGUGGAGAGAAAGCAACAGCCGAAUGCAUUGCUGAUGCCAUUGUUGAUAAACGUGCUGAACUCGUGCACCUUCCUUUGUCUGUUGAUCUUCAUUCGCCUUUGCCAUCUAAGGAUUGUCCAACUUGUGAUGGAACGGGAGUCAUGGGCUGUCCAGAAUGCAAACACAGACUACAAGUCAGAAUUUCUGCAGAUGAUAUUAUGGAGCCUCCAUGGAAAGCGUAUAAUGUCAUGAGAAAAAUGGACUACCCUUAUGAGCACAUUGUCCACAGCAUGAAAGACCCGAGCAUUGCUGCAUUCUGGUUGAUUACGUUCCCUCAAAUUGUUGGUGGAUUUGAAUAUGAUGAUGAAGUCAAACAGAAAAUAUGGUGGCAAUACAAGGAAUCCAUGAGGUAUGAUCAAAUUCGAGAUGUGGUAGCUAAUCGUAAACCUGGCUGGGAGCAUAUGCAGGAGGCUUUAAUUUCUAUAGAUCCAGUCCGUGCACGAGAUGAUCCCGUUCUUGUGAAGAAUAUUCCUUACUACAAAGCCAAGAAGGCUCUUGAGGCAGAAGUGAUGAAACUCGAUCCUCCUCCAAGACCUCAAAAUUGGGGUGAGCUAGAACUUCCACUCAAUUCAUCGUCUUGGAAUGAAGAGGAUCUAAAAAAUCCAGAUAAAUUAUAUGAGAUGACUGUACUACUUAAUGCCCAGAGAGAGAUUGCCGAUAGAAUCUUGGAUGCGCAAUGGCAAGCUAAAUGGCGUCAGGAAAAGCUGAAUGAGAUGUUGGAGGAGAAGGUGCGCCCUUUCAUUCAUGACAUUGACAACAGUGUCCUUUCUCGGCCGAUCGUCUUACAAUCAAAAGCACAGGAUCAGAAGAGAAAGCCACGGCAACGGAGGUGGUGGUUCUUUUAAAGAAGAACACUGCUUAAGCUAUUUGGCAUUUCGGGGAAUUUCAUUCUUGAUGGGCAUUUUUGGUUGGGCUGAUGGUCUUCUAUAAGGGCAAUUUUCCUUCUUCAACUUCUGCAUCGUUUUCUUGCAGCUUAGUUUAUUCUUUCUUUUUAAUUGCUUACAAAGUUGGAAGUUAGUAUGGAUGACAGUUGAAUAUGCUCAAUUUAUGUAUGGCGUUCUAAGUCGCGGCCUUGGAAUGUGACCUAGUUAAUCAAAUCUUGUCCAAAUUUUGGUC